UUCAUGAAAAUUCCAAGAAGAAACAAACAUUACUGAUAACACAAUUCAAUGGAAAAUACUUCAAUUAAAUUCACUAUCGGGCUUUUGUGAAAAUUAUUCCCAUUCCUUAUCACUUUUGUGGAUGACCUUCAUGACAAAUGAGAAUCUGUUCGGUUAUCACUUUUACUUCCACUCCACUACAUAAGAAAUCCUAGAAAGAAAAUACACUCUCUGUCUAUUGGAUUUGUGGGCUCGUCUCAGCAAGGUUACCCACAUAUACCCACACAGACCGGCUGUUUGGAAGGCAUUUGUGAGACCGGCUGAGCCAGAAUUUCUGUUGCCACGUUAAAUUAGAAGAGUGUAUGAACAUUUUCGAGAGUGUCUCACGCAGUGAAGAGGGCAACAAAAAAGUGAGUUUGUGUGGAAAAUUAUGUAAAAAAAAAGCACCACAUUUCCUCUAGCCCGAGUAUACAGAAAGUCAAUCGUCGCUCAGACGCCGUCACAUUAUCACCACAAAAUAUUAACGUGCCUUUGCGGAGCAACAAGUUACUCAGCAAACAAUGACGUCCAAAUCAGAGCCUUUCGACUCCAAUUGUAUGACACUGACGAGAUUUGUUCUGCAGGAGCAGAAGAAAUUCGCCAGUGCCACUGGAGACCUCUCUCAACUCCUCAAUUCUAUCCAGACAGCCGUGAAGGCUGUAAGCUCAGCCGUCAGGAAGGCAGGAAUUGCCAAACUACAUGGAAUCUCAGGCGAUACCAAUGUUCAAGGCGAGGAAGUCAAGAAACUCGAUGUCUUAUCCAAUGAACUCUUCGUUAACAUGUUAUCCUCAUCCUUCACGACAUGCCUCCUUGUCUCAGAAGAGAACGAAACCUACAUCGAGAUUGAGGUUGAAAAGCAGGGCAAGUACAUCGUUUGUUUCGAUCCUCUGGACGGAUCUUCCAACAUCGAUUGCCUGGUGUCCAUUGGUUCAAUCUUCGGGAUCUACCGGAAGCAAACUGAGGGCGUUCCAUCUCUCCAAGACGCCCUUCAGCCGGGCAGGCAGCAAGUAGCUGCUGGAUAUGCCCUUUACGGAUCUGCCACUAUGAUGGUCCUGAGUUUGGGCAACGGUGUCAAUGGUUUCAUGUACGAUCCGGCAAUUGGUGAAUUCAUCCUGACGGAUCCCAACAUGAAAAUCCCAGAAAGGGGAAAAAUCUAUUCAAUCAACGAAGGCUAUGCUCAUGAAUGGGAUGCUUCUGUCUUCAACUAUGUCCGGGACAAGAAGGAUCCAGCCAAGGGAAAGCCCUACGGAGCCAGAUAUGUGGGCAGUAUGGUGGCUGAUGUGCACAGGACCAUCAAAUACGGCGGAAUCUUCAUCUAUCCUGCCACAGCUUCAGCCAAAAAUGGAAAACUCCGGCUCCUGUACGAAUGCAACCCAAUGGCCUACAUCAUCGAACAAGCAGGAGGAAGAGCCAGCACGGGAAAAAUUGAUAUCCUUGAUGUUGUCCCCACUAAAAUUCACGAACGUUCCCCCAUUUAUCUCGGCUCAAAGUUGGACGUCGAAGAAGCUCUCAGUUACAUUCAAUAGAAACUCCCAUCAUUUAUUGACUCAAAAAUAAAAUCUCCCCACAGUGUUAUCAGUAA